UCGGUGAGGAGGACAGCAGGCUGCGGCUCGCAAAUCAGCGCCUGUCGGCUGAGAAGAAGGAGGAAAUGCGGCUGGAUGUUUUCUCCGUGCCAUGCCAGAGCUAAAGGAAGCCUGAGGAUGGAGCACAGCGCCGUUAUUUCCUCUCUAUUGUCCGGGUCUUGCCCUUUGUUCUAGCCGCGGGCUGUUAUUCCGCGUUAUAACCGAGGUCUCGACCGGAAACGCGCACACGAGCUGAGACAGCAUGCGUGGGUUCUUUCCCCUCAUCUCACACAGCGCCAAGAUGGAAGAUUCUCUCCGUUUCUUCUCUAGUGGAUGAUGGAGAGGCUGAUUGCGCACUGCAGUGCAGGAGACAGCACUACAGGGUCCAUGUGCAUGGGUUAUGGAUGGCCAGUGUGGUCAUGAUCAUAAGGCUUGCAUGACUGCUACUACCUAAAUCUUCUUUACAUCACAUCACGUUCUUCUUCUUCUUCGUCCUCAUCUUCACCAUCAUCAUCGCUGACUUGAAGUGGACAGAGUGGUCCCGUCCAAUCGCUACAGAUGAGAGGCAAACAGUAUCAGCAGAUCAAACCUGCAGGACCUCGAGACACCGACUCCGAGUAUGGAAGGAAACUCAGAACAUACCAGAACCCUGUGAAAAUAAUCGACCAGCCCGGCAUCGUCAUGAAGGUGCUGCGGAGGAAGCGGAUUAUUUUAUUCGUGGCCUAUUUCCUCCUGCUGGUUCUGACCAUGCUGAACCUGGCCAACUAUAGAUGGAGCAAAGAGCCGCAGCAAUGCAGCCACCAGAUGAGGAGCACUACGUACCAGGGGCGCUCGGACAUCCGCUUCCUUUACAGACCCGCUUUGGUGAAGAAAAGACAGCUUGUUUACGUCUUGACCACGUGGCGCUCGGGGUCCAGCUUUUUCGGCGAGUUGUUCAAUCAGAACCCUGACGUCUUCUUCCUGUAUGAGCCCAUGUGGCACAUCUGGCAGAAGUUGUACCCAGGUGAUGCGGUGUCUCUGCAGGGCGCAGCGAGGGACAUGCUGAGCUCGCUGUAUCGUUGUGAUCUCUCCGUGUUCCAGCUGUACAACAGCCCCGGGGGCAAAAACAUUACCUCGCUUGGCUUGUUUGGUGCCACGCUGAACAAAGUGAUCUGCUCAUACCCGUUGUGUUCGGCUUACAGGAAGGACAUGGUGGGCAUGGUGGACGACAAGGUGUGUAAGAAAUGUCCGCCACAGGGCCUCCGUCUAUUGGAGGACGAGUGUCUGAAAUACAACACUAUUGUUAUUAAAGGGGUGCGUAUUCUGGAUGUCAACGUCCUGGCUCCUCUGAUGGAAGACCCUUCGCUGGAGCUAAAGGUCAUCCACUUGGUGAGGGACCCCAGAGCUGUGGCCAACUCCAGAAUCAAAUCCAGGCAUGGAUUGAUCCGAGAGAACCUGCAGGUGGUCAGGAGCCGGGAUCCCAAACUCCGCCGGCUACCGCUUGCAGACGCAGCUCACAAAACAAACAAAAAGGAUGGAGCUGACUACCACUCGAUCGGGGCCAUGGAGGUGAUAUGUGAUAGGACCCACAGGACCUUGAGGACGGCGCUGAAUCCUCCCAGCUGGCUGAAAGGAAAGUACCUGGCUGUGCGCUACGAGGACCUGGUGGAAAAUCCGGUCAAGGUCCUGCGUCAAGUUUACCGCUUCGUUAACCUCAGCACCAAUCAUGACGUGGAGUCUUUUGCCCUGAACAUGACUAACGGAACAAACUCGUCCUCCAAGCCGUUCAUUGUGUCAUCCAGGAACGCCACGCUGGCGGCGAGCGCUUGGAGGACUCUCCUGAGCAUUCAGCAGAUCAAACAAGUGGAGGAUUACUGCCACCAGUCCAUGGCCGUGCUGGGCUACGAACGUGUACGAACAGCCACGGAGGCGAAAGACUUGAGCAAAUCCUUACUGACUGCAUCCAAACUGUGAUGCUAACCUGUUACCAAAGACCUCCAAAAUGAAAACAGUGCUCAUUUGAAUGAUUUUUCUGUUGUAGCUCGGUAACUGUGGAGCUUUAUUUUGUUUCAUUGAGGGAUUUGACAUGCCUCAUAGGAAUGUACCGUAUUAUUAUUAUUAUUAUUAUUAUUAUUAUUAUUAUUUUCUCUAAAUGAUUCUUUAGUUGUGGAAAUUUAAAGCUGCCAUGGCUUUUUGAAGUGGAUUGAUUAUAUACCGUAUGUGUAUGACAAACUGCACCAUGCCCUGAAUAUGACAUGACACGAGCCUUGAUGUUAUGUGAAUCACAUGUCUUGCGUCGACAAUGCUUUAGGGUUGUUUUUUUUUUUAGAAUGUUUUUGAGACUCAUCAGUUUAAUUCGAGUUCGUUUGCUCACUGAAGAAAAACUCAACCAUGGAAACAUGAAAAGCAGACCAGUCUAGUCAAAGCUCUCAUUCUUAAAGCAGGUGAUGUUGUUUCGUUAGUGCAAGAUGCUCUCGGAGACAAUCAUUAAAGCGCUCUGUCAUUUUUUUUUUCUUCAUAAUGCUGUUUCUGCAUGUUCGUUUCCAGACCUGGGAGUUCCAUUUUCUUGCCUAUUCCAAACUUCCUGUUGUCUUCUACUGCUUUAUUAGUGCUUCAUGGAAGUCUUUCCAUGUUCACGACUAGAACAACAAACCUUAUAACUCACUUUUGCCAUUGAUUGAUUGUAGGUUUUCAUUAGUCAGUAUUUCCAAUAGCCUAAACCGUGAGUUUUAGAGUAGAUAUUAACUAACAGAUUGACAAACUCGAUUCUCUUUCCCACUAUCUGUUCUUAAUUUUCUCUCUCUCGCUUCCUCUCUCAUACAGUAAUAGGACUGUAACUGAUUUCUUCAGAGAUCAUAUCAUAUGAUUCUACUAUAAGUAGCGGUUUGGCCUUGAACACAGCCCCUUUCUUUCUUUUUGUUCUUUAGUUUAACAGUUUUGUGGAACAUGUGAAGAAUGUGACUGUGUGUGUUUGUGUGCGCGCGCGCGUGCGUCUUCUGAGAUAUCAGAAAUAAAUAGCCAGGCUUGUUUUAGAGCACUAAAGAAUGUGUCGUAUGCAUGGCCUUCUCCGAAACAACAAGCUUAUUUAUGCUCAGUGUAUAGACAGUAUCGGCAAAACAGUCUUGUGAGCCUGGAGAUCUCUUGGCCUUUGUGCUUGUGAAAGGUUCUGCUUUCAGAAAAACAAAGACGUACUUAAAAUACAUACAGUCAUGGCCUGAACAUAAAUUCCUACACUUUUGUGCAUUUUUUUUUUUUUUUUUUGUGUGUGUGUGAGUGAGAGAGAGAAAAAUUGUGGUUUAUCAAGUAGACAAUGAUCUACAACCAAGCAGAAUUAAAUCAUGAAGAGAGACGAGAA